GGAGGAUGCACGUCGUAGCAGUCGUCGAUCAUUCCGCACGAGUCAUUGUUAGAAUUAGCACACUCUUGUAUUCGACCGUCAUCACACCAUGGAUAUCAUAGACGACCGCUCACUGGUGUCCCGGGAGUUUCUCGCCGUCAUCCUUUGUGGCUUUGGCAAUGAAUUGACGCCGCUAACGAGCAACAACGGCGAUGAGUCCUGCCCCAAAGCACUGCUCCCUGUCGCAAACAAGGCGAUCCUUGACUACGUUCUCGCGUGGGUAGAGCAAGCGCGCAUCCAAGAUGUCCUCGUUAUUUGCCCCACUGCACACCGCACUGCCAUCUCCCACCACAUUGACUCCGACAUCAGCUCCUCCUCCACCGGCCUGCGCAUCGAUGUCCAGACCUUCGACGAGUCGCAGGACAGUAGCAUCGGCACCGGCACAGUCCUCCGUCACUUCGCCAGCCGCAUUCAGUCCGACUUCAUCCUCCUACCAUGCGAUUUCAUCCCCCCGCCUUCACUUCCCCUUUCUACCCUGCUUGCCAAGUUCCGCACGGAGGCACUCGCGGACGGCGCGAUCGCCACUACGUGUUGGUUCGCGGGUACGAAGAAGAACGAAAAGGACAAGUCAACCACGCCCGAGGAAUGGGGUCCCUUCCCCGAACCCACCGUCAUCGUGUGGGACGAGUCGACAGGCACGCUCCUACACGUCGACACCCCCGACGCGAUCGAUGAGAACGCGGACGAGAUGGAGGUUCGCAUGGCUCUGCUGGACAGAUACCCCCACACAAAACUCUCUGCAUCCUUCACGGACUCGCACGUCUACGUCUGCAAGCGCUCCGUCCUCGACGCACUAGUUGCGAAACCGCUACUUGAGUCCUUCCGCGAAGACUUCCUUCCCUGGCUAUGCAAGGUCCAAUACCAGCGUGCCAAGCGCCGAAAAUGGGGCCAAACUCUACACCCCAGUACCAGUGCGCUCACCCAAGAUCUCGCGCUGAGCCACUCUACCCUCCGUAUCAACCCAAAUCAGGGCGACGACGACACUGAGGAUUCGGAUAUGCAAGAUACUCCAGCCAGCUUACGUGUAGGGGCUGUCCUUUACAAGUCCCCACGCCCCGAAGAAUAUAUCGCGAGAAUUAACAACAUUCACUCGUUCUUCGAGGCUAAUCGCCAGUGUCUAACGACAGCCACCUGGUCACUUCCCACCGAGCCCAAAGCCCGCUCUCUCAUCGACGCGAAGGCGCAAAUUUCGACAGACUCAAUCAUCGGCACCUCUACUCAGGUCGGCGAGCGUGCCACCAUAAAACGCAGCACUAUCGGAAAGCACUGCAAGAUCGGCAAAAUGGCCAAGAUCACUAGCUGCGUUCUGCUCGACCAUUGUUCGGUGGAUGAUGGUGCUAAGCUAGAAGGAUGCAUUCUCGGCAAAAACACCAAGAUCGGCGCAAAAGCUGAUCUCUCGAAAUGUGUAACGCAGGCUGGCUACGAAGUCGCUGCAGCUGAAACCAUCAAAAACGAGAAGCUUGAUGUUUCCGACUGGACCGCAGUGUCCGACGACGAAGACGAGGGCUUCGCCGGCUCAGGAGACAGCAGCUCAGACGACUCGAGUGGCUCAAGCAGCGAGUAAAUGUACCUCAUUCGC